CUGAGGGGCGGCCCGGCGGCGGCCAGCGGCGCCCACGGCGGUGCCUGGCUGCCUUCCCAGCCGUUAACCCGCCGGUGCGGCCUCAGCGAGGCGGCGGGCGGGCACGGUGGGGCUCUCCCCUUGGCGGCCGAGCCCCGUCUCCUCAGGAAGGCGUCGCGUCCGCUGCGGCGGGGCCGGCUUCCGCCUGGGCGCGGCGGAGUGCGCGCUGCCUGCGCAUAAAUCUCUUUGUAUCGGGUGUCUGCGUUUGUUUUCUGUGAGAAAACGUUUUGUGUCUGGAUUGAAACUGGGAACUUAGAUAGCCCUGGGCUGUGAAAAUGUGUUGGGAAGGUGCCCAGGGCUUUAGAAAACGGGACCGAUGUUCUCUGCAGCUCUUCUUGCUCGUGGGGCUCUGCCCACACAGGAAUAUAUGAGUGGUGUAGUAUCGUACCAAGCGCAAGGGUGCCCCUGCCGCUUGAAAUGGCGGUGGGGCUGCGGGUGGGCAACGUGCCCUUAUUCCCCACCUGCAGGUAGCAUAACGCUGCAAACGAUCUUCCAUACACAUAUGAUCAUUUGACAGGAGAUGUUCCGACACCAGCUGGCAUGAUAGCAUGUUUUGGUGCUGUAUUUUGACCAGAAUGUACCAAAGAUUGGAGCAAACUGUGCAAGGGAAAUGUUAGCUGAGCAGUAUCCCAAGUUGCUUUUGAUAUGAUGCCAAUCAUUUGGAUAAAGCCAACUUUCACCUGAAGAUUUAACAUCUGCUUCCAACUAAAAAGCAGUGUUUCCCUACAAAAAGUGAUCCAGGUUGUGCUGAUUGGCUAUGUAUAAUUCUACAUACAUGUUUGAUGAUGAUUCUGAUGAUGAAAUCCCUACCCAACAAGCUAUUCAGGAAAGCUUACAAGAUAGGCAUAAAGUUGAAGCAAGUGGCAGUGCAAAAGAGGAUGAAAGUUUCCAGUAUAUUGCAAGUAAAGAACAUGGGAAGAUAGUUGCAGCAAUUCGGACGGGCCAAGAAGAGGCCUUGAUGAAGUUGGUGAGGCACAGUUCAGCUUUUGAAGAAGCAGAUCAGCAAGGCUGGCUUCCUGUGCAUGAAGCUGCAGCACAACUAAAUAAGAACAUCCUUGAAAUAACUUUGAAAGCCUCCCGUGCCAUUACAUGGGAACAGAAGACUCUAAAGGGGGAAACACCUCUCGUGGUGGCAGUAAGAAAUUGCUUUGCAGACAACGUCCGCUUUCUCCUGCUCAAUGGCUGCAACCCCAAUGUUAAGAAUGAAGAGGGAGAUUCUCCUUUAGUUAUAGCAAUUAAACAAGAUUCGUAUGAAAUUGCCUCCUUGUUGAUAAAUUCUGGUGCAAAAGUGAAUUUGCAGUGUGUCCACAAGAGGACUGCUUUACACGAGGCAGCCAGACUAGGCAGGAAGGAUCUGGUAAAGCUGCUCCUUCGUUCUGGAGCAGAUCCCGACCCUCGCAGCGGAUAUGGGCUCACACCUCUAGCGCUGGCUGCGCAGAUUGGACAUACAGAAAUCAUGGAGCUCUUAUUGCAAAAAGGUGCAGAUGUUCUUUCACAGGCGAUGGAUUGUGCUUCUGUAUUAUUUGAAGCAGCAGGAGGAGGAAAUCCAGAUUCUCUGAGUCUUUUACUAGAAUAUGGGGCUGAUGCCAAUGUACCAAAGCACUCGGGUCAUUUGCCCAUCCACAGAGCUGCAUAUAGAGGACACUUUCUAGCUCUAAAAAAUUUAGUUCCAGUUACCAAUUUUGAUGCCAUUAAAGAAAGUGGGAUAAGUCCAGUUCACUCAGCAGCAGCAGGAGCACAUCCUCAGUGCCUCGAGUUUCUCCUCCAGUCUGGAUUUGAUGCCAAUUUUAUGCUGGAUCAGAGAGUGCGUAAAGGCUACGAUGACCACCGGAAAUCAGCACUGUACUUUGCCGUUUCCAACGGGGAUAUCUGUUCAACACAGUUGCUGUUGAAUGCUGGAGCCCUGCCAAACCAAGAUCCCAUCAACUGCCUCCAAAUAGCCUUGAGAAUGGGCAACUAUGAGUUAAUGAAUCUACUGCUCCGACAUGGAGCUAAUGUCAAUUACUUCUGCAGAGUGAAUACAACCCAUUUCCCAUCGGCUCUGCAGUACGCUCUGAAAGAUGAAGUCAUGUUAAGAAUGUUGAUGAACUAUGGGUACGAUGUGCACCGCUGCUUUGACUGCCCUCGGGGAAACAGUUCGCAUUCCCAGUAUGUGACUGCGGGAUGGACUUCUACUGUUAUCAAAGAUACAAUGUUCUGCGAAGUGAUAACCUUGUCAUGGUUGAAGCAUCUGUCUGGGAAGGUAGUGCGAGUGAUGUUGGAUUACGUCGAUCACGUUAAUAUCUGCUGGAAGCUGGAAGCGGUUCUCAAAGAACAGGAACUCUGGCCAGACAUCAAUUUGAUUUUAACAAAUCCUCGCUCUCUGAAGCAUCUUUGUCGUCUGAAGAUACGGGAUUGCAUGGGCCGGUUGCGUCUCCGUUGUCCUGUCUUCAUGAGCUUCCUUCCACUGCCAAACUGCUUGAAAGACUACAUACUGUACAAGGAAUACGAUCUUUAUGGACAGGAAAACUUUAUAGGAACCUACAACCUCAACUGUACGUAAUUAUUCUGUAUUAUGAAGGGAAUGGUGAUGUGGGUAAGACUUUGUGCAGCUGCUUCUUUCUUUUGGGAUUUUAUUAAUAAUACCAGCAUUUCCUUCUCAUCCCCUGAAGAAAAUGGGGAGAAGCCCAAAAUGUAAGUAUUGGUAAUCCCAUUCUACAUACCUAGUGGAAUAUAAACUAUCUGAAAAUUACAACAACAGUAUUUUAAAUGCUUAGUGUGAAAAGUUCAGGAACUGUAAAGUGUAGGGCUGCAAACCUUGUGUUAUUGCUAAGUUAAAGCCUGUUGUAACAAAUAACGCUACCCACACACACACCAUCGCAGGGCUAAAUGCAGGGUUUAGUUAAAACCCUGACCUUUAACUAAAACCAGGAAAGGACAUAGU